GCCGCCCUCUUCGUGAAAACACCAAAAAUCUCUAUUCCUUGAUUGUUAAUAAAAAAAGACACGCUACGAAAUCAUGGGGAAAAUAGCAUCGCUUGAGUAUUUCCGUGUGCCUCCCAGAUGGCUCUUUGUCAAAAUCACAGAUGACGCAGGCAAUGUCGGCUGGGGCGAAGCAUCUCUUGAAGGACAUACGCAAUCAGUCGAGGGCUGCUUAGACGCCUGGCGAGACCAGUACGUAGGAUUAGAAGCAAACGACAUCGAACACAUCUGGCAACUCUCAUGGCGUAAGACCUUCUACAGAGGCGGGCCCGUCUUCAUGAGCGCCUUAUCCGGCAUCGACAUUGCACUGUGGGAUCUAAAAGCGCGGAGACUAGGCGUUCCCAUCUACGAACUAUUGGGGGGCAAAGUUCGAUCGAAACUCAAAGUAUACGCUUGGAUUGGGGGCGACCGCCCAUCGGACGUCGAGUCUGCCGCGCUUUCGCGCAAGGCACAAGGCUUCACUGCCGUUAAAAUGAACGGUACCGAAGACCUUGGGUGGCUCGACUCUCCCAAUGCCCUCGACAGCUGCGUAGAGAGAGUAAAGACAGUUCGCGGCCUUGGGCUCGAUGUCGGCGUUGAUUUUCACGGCCGUGCUCAUCGGCCCAUGGCUAAGCAGCUCGCUGCUGCUCUGGCGCCUCACCGUCCCAUGUUCAUCGAGGAGCCUCUCCUAUCGGAGCAUCUGGAGGCGAUAAAGUCUCUUUCUCAGCUGACCACGAUCCCUAUUGCCUUGGGAGAGCGUCUGCAUUCAAGAUGGGAUGUGAAACCUUUUCUGGAGGCGUCUUGCAUCGACAUCCUACAGCCUGAUACGUGCCAUGUAGGAGGUAUAUCAGAGCUAAGAAGGGUUGCGGCCAUGGCCGAGGCAUACGAUGUCCCGAUCGCUCCGCACUGCCCGCUGGGACCUAUUGCGCUGGCGGCUUGUUUCCAGGUGGAUGCUGCAACGCCCAACUUUACCAUUCAGGAAAUGAGUUUGGGGAUUCAUUAUAAUGUCGGUGGCUAUGAUCUGCUAAGCUACAUCAAGAAUCCAGAAAUAUGGGACAUCAAAGACGGCUAUGUGGAGUUGAUGACGGGGCCGGGACUGGGCAUUGAAAUCGACGAGGAACGUGUCAGAGAGGCUAGUCGCAACGCUCAGGCAUGGGUGUCCCCUGGGUUUACAGGUCCUGGUGGUGAAUUGAGAGAAUGGUAGUUGGUUGGUCUUGGUGUUUGCCAUGUUGUGGCAACAUGCAUAGAUCACGUAGUACAUACAUCACAGACAAGAAACAUCGCGU